AUGGAUGAGAUAGAUGCUUAUAUUGAUCCAAUGUUAUUAAUCGUCGAGUGGAACCAUAAUGGACUCAGACAGCAAAAUAUUAAUAAAAAUUACAUAGCUAAUGUUAUUCGAAGGUUUCCUGGUGUUCGACCAAUUUCAGAUAUUCUCACGAGUGGUGGAGGAAUGAUCUCUAGCAAUCCAUCUGAAUCAAUAUUUUGCGUUUUUGGUGCUCUCCCUGCAGAGAAUCAACAUAUUACCGAAGAUCUCAUUGACUAUCUUAGGCAAACUUAUUACCAAGUGAAUCAAACUUCAUUGGGAAGAGUGUUUAAUAUAAAACCUAUAGUAAAAG